AUGCAACUGAACUUCGAGCACCUUAGCUUUGUCGAUUUCGAACGAGUUAAAUCAGUUUGCUCAUCUUGGCUAUCUGGUUCGAGACAAUCUAAACCAAACAAUAAGAUCCCUUGGAUGAUUCUAUUCCCCGAGGAAAUUAAUUACUGUCUCUUGUUCAAUCCUGAAAAUAAAGAAGAAAAACUCUACAAAACUCAACAUCUUGACAAACACUGGGCAGAUAGUUUAUGUUUAGCGACUUCUAGAAGCUGGCUUUUGAUGGAGAUUUUUCAUGAAGUCCCUCUUUAUAUUUUUAAUCUUUUAACCCUCGAGAGGAUCGAUCUACCUAAAACUUUAUCGUAUGGAUUUGACUCUCCCAUAUUGUGGAUAGACAAGAGAAGCAAAGAUUACCUUAUUAUAAGAGAAGAUCUUGCUUAUUUCAAGAAAGGAGAUAACUCGUGGAAAAAGAAAUCGCGGUACAGUUGUCAGAUUACCAAAAUGGCAUGGUAUUCAAAGAUCACAAGCUCUAUGGUCUCACCGAAGAAGAACUUUGUAUUUUCGACUUUUCUGGUGAGUUCCCUCUGCAAGUUUCAAGAGUUAGUGUAA